UGACUAUAUCAUGUUGAAUCACUUCAUAAUGCGGUCUAAUCUAACAGCAGCUUCAAGUGGAAAAAUGAUUUUGUUUUAUUUUCUGCUGAUGCUCAGAGUCGUUCGAUGCUCAGAGGUUCAGAUCGUUCAGAAAGAGACUGUUGGUGUUGGAGAUAAUGUGAUGCUGACUUGUACUCGCAGGUUUUCAGGAAGCUUGUUCUGGAUCAGGAUUGUUUCUGGAGACUUUCCUAAAAUCUUGGGAAAAACCUAUGGCUUUGAGAGUGAUCCUCGCAUUACAGCCACAGAAGAGCCUGGAACAUUUGUUCUGCAUAUUAAAUAUGCAAGGCUAAGUGAUACUGCAGUUUACUACUGUGUGAAAACAUACCAACAACACAUCACAUUUUUGAAAGGAACAGACCUGAGAGUUGAAGAACCAGACCCUGAUAUCACCGCAGCCCCUCCAUCUGAUCCAGUCCGUCCAGGAGCCUCAGUGACUCCGCAGUGUUCAGUCCUCUCUGACUCUGAGAACAAAACGUGCCCAGGAGAACACAGUGUGUGCUGUUUUAGAGCUGGAUCACAUCAGUAUCGUCCAAGUUGUAAUUAUACUCAAGGAAACGGUGUUGGAGAACAUGAAAAGAACUCAGAGGGACUCUCCACAAAGAAAUGUGUCUACAGUUUCUUCAAGAACGUCAGCUCCUCUGAUGCCGGGACUUAUUACUGCGCUGUGGCCACGUGUGAGGAGAUAUUUAAUGGAAACAGCUCAAAACUCGAGGCUGAAGCAGUGUGGGAUUCACAGAAGCACAAUACAAUCCUCGUUCUGUUAUGUGCUGCUUUGGCUAUAAGUCUGAUUGUUAUAGCCUUUCUCAUUUAUUCAAUCAAGAAACUCAAGAAAAAAUCGUGUAACGUUUACAACGCUGCAGUUGUGCAAAUAAAUGCAGCAACAGCCAGUGGUCUUCAGCAAAGUCAGCAGACAGAUGAGGAUUCAUUGGUUUAUUCUGCACCAACCUUCACCGGUAGGAAAACUAGCAAAGGAGGGAUAAAGGGUGCAAAAGCAGAGGAGGAAGAGAGUAUCUACACUGACGUCAGGACUCUGGGGCUGGAUUAAUGGUCUGAAGUCUGGAUUUUAUUUAAUUAAUUUCACCUCUAAAGUUGGUAAAUAAAUCUUUAUUUUGGACUACUUAAAAACAUGUAUUAUAUUUCCUUUGAGAUUAUAUUUAUCUGUUUUGAAAAAAAUAAUAUAAUGGUUAAGCUUUUUGUAAUAUACCUGUACGGAUCUCAUAUCUAUAAACAUUUGUUUCAUUGUGAGUUGUUAUUAAAGUUGUGAACUGUGAGAAGAUCUGUCUCUUUGUAUUUGUAUAUAU